CUGCCAAUGCCAAAGCUUAACCUAGCUAGAUGAUGAAAGGUCCUCUCUUCACUCCUACUCAUCUCUCUCUUUUUCACAAAAAGUCGCCCACCAGCUUCUCAUUUGAUUGUCCAGAAGACAAGAACCACUAGCUAGCCACGAAAAGCCAAAUUGAGCCAAUUAAUUAUGAAGCAUCUCUAACCCAAAUCACUAACAAAUCCCGAACUUUAGUUAGUUUAUAAAUGAACCGUUGACCAUCUUGUAAGUGAAGAUAUUAGAUCAAAACCAGCCAACUAGAUCGCUUAGUGCGCAGUACAGCUUCUCCUUUCACCAAAUGAUAUGCCAAAAAUCCAUAAUCUAUCUCAAAUAAUAUCAUAAACCAACUUUUCUCAAUACUUCGAGUUGUUCAUAUAUGAAUCUUAACCAUUAUAUACCUUAAGACAACAAUUAAUAUUAGGGAUCGUGAGCAUUUGAACAUGUGACCUCAAUAACAAACCAACUCAGAUACUAUGUUAUAAACUAACCGAUCCCAAUAAUUCGAGUUGGAAGAGAUCCAUGUAUGAAUUUUAAAUAUUCUCUUACAAAUAAGAUUUGGAAACCUUAAAUUUAUGCUCAAAAUAGAGUAUUCUAAUUGGCAGAACCAUAUCGAACCGAAUUUAAUAUGGCCCGAUCUUUGGUCCCGAAUUGGCAUUUGGACAAAGAUCAAACCUGGCUGAAUGUACUAUUUGAUCCGACUUGGUUCUAAAAUAUCUGUCAUAAUCAGACUACAAUUUUCAUCAGUUUAAUCAGCUCGCGGUUGCACACCUUACAUACUCCCAUAUAGUUCUAAUCCUUCCCCACGAUUUUGCUACAUUAAUGUGCCAAUGUUAUCAUCCAACAAAAAAUGUUCCAAUCGUCUCAGCAGUAUCAAUCAAGCUAUAGCUAACCAAUGUGCUUUUUCAUGAUCAUAUAUGCACACAAAAGUCAGACUUUUCAUUAAUAUUCUUCACCUAAACUUCCUUAAUUAUGACGACUGGGUUGGAACAACACGGCCAGUAGGCUAAGUGGGUAGAACAUGUACAACAUCCCAAAAGGAAAUGGCCCCAUUCUCCAUCUAAAUUGUAGAAUGACGUUAAUUCUUAAUUGGUCAUGACUUGGAUGAAAAGCGAAUCAAUCCCCUCUGGCCACCACCAUUGGAUGAGGCAGCCAUUUUGGCUAUGUCGGAGAAAAAAUAUUAAAUAUUGGGAAAGUAGAUACAAAAAUAAAAUAAAAUUAGAGAAACAUAUCGAAAAUAAUCAUUUGCGAGUAUGAAAAAAGAAAAAAAAUUGCAACUUUUUCAUGAUAUGAAAAUUGAAAAUGAGACACAAUAAAACUUGGUAUUGGUUGUUCUUUUUAUGAAUGAAUUACUCUGUUUCCAAUUUUGAAAAUUGUAUAUUUUUUUUAUAUAUAUCAUAUAAAAGGAAACACCCAAUUCAAUCUUUCUGACUCCUUCACUAUAACAACCUGUAAUAACUUCAAACCCAAGCCAACAUUACACCAAGAAUAUCGAUCACCAUCCAUAUAACGAUUCUCUCUCUAUAUAAGCAAACCCAAUAAGCACUACUUCUCCACCAAACCAACAACAAUGGAAGCCAAAGCACCAUCAUCAACCCUACUAGCUCUCUCCUUCCUCCUCCUCUUCAUCUCCUUCCUCUCCCAUUCUCAAGCUUCCCACGGCAACCACAUUCGAAAACCCCGUCCCAAGCCAUGCAAGGAAAUGGUGUUCUACUUCCACGACAUCAUCUACAACGGCAGGAACAUGAAGAACGCCACGUCAGCGAUCGUCGGAGCCCCAGCUUGGGGCAACAUGACCAUAUUGGCCGGUCAGAACCACUUCGGCGAUGUGGUCGUGUUCGACGAUCCCAUCACGUUGGACAACAACUUGCGCUCGCCGGCGGUGGGGCGAGCCCAGGGGAUCUACUUGUACGACAAGAAGGAGAUAUUCACGUCGUGGCUGGCGUUCUCGUUCGUGUUCAACUCGACGGAGCACGUCGGGACGCUGACGUUCGCCGGAGCCGACCCGCUGAUGAACAAGACGAGGGACGUGUCGGUGGUGGGAGGCACGGGGGAUUUCUUCAUGGCCAGAGGGGUUGCUACGCUGAUGACGGAUGCUUUUGAAGGGGAGGUUUACUUUCGGCUAAGGGUUGAUAUUAAGCUUUACGAGUGCUGGUAAAAAAAAAAAAAAAAAAAAAAAAGGGAAAGGUUUUCGCCUUUUCGGGCCGGCUUGUUUGCGUAUUUUGGGCCGAAUGGGCCCAAAAGAUUGCUUGAGCAGAUUUUUCUCUGUGUCUUUUUCGAUUCUUGGCCCAAUUCUCAUGGUGAGUUAUUGGUCCGCGGCAGGUGUUUUUUUUUAUUUUCUUUUCUGUUUGGAAUGCUUAGCACGUGAUGAUUGUGAAGCUGUUCAAUUUCAUUAUGAGGAAUGAAGAAUGUUAACUUUUUUUUUUUUGUUUAUUUGAUUGUUUGGUUAAGAUUGUAUUUAUAUAUGUAUUCGUUGGAAGUUUUUUUUUGUUGUUAUGAAUGAUGUAUAUUAUAUGUAUUUUUUUAAUGAUUGUAUAAUCUCAAAAGCUGAAAUAGUUGAAAUUAUUUUCUCCUUUAUUGUUCCGAUUUUAUGGCAUGAUACUUCUAUUUACAGGUGACUUGACCUUUUUAAAAAUUUAUUGACAAACAAAUAAAUCUAACAUUAUAAUCUUACAAUGCAACCUUUAUAAUCUUACAUGGUAAGUGUGGUAAUAAAUAUAGAUCAUUGAUAUUUCAUGAAAUGUGGAAAAGCCUCCUUGUUUUGCCUUGCAGUUCUUGGCGAUCCGGAGAUGCAGCCCUUGGCGAGGAUCCGGAUAGGAGAGCUUGAAGACUGGUGUAUUCUAACUCUCUGCCUCCGCCGGCCGUCCGGUUAUUCUGCUCGGUUCUCGUGGUAAUCGGCGAGAAGUGCGUGGCGAUCGGCUCGGGACGAGAUGUUUCAGUGGUUGUUUCCUCCUCAUCUUGCCUUCCGGGUCUGGUGGGUACCCAAACAAUUCCUUGGCUCACGGCGACGCUCAAAGGAUGGGUGGCGGCGACUUGUCGGGAGCGGUGGUGGUGCUUGCAGCGGCGGUGGAUGUUCAGAGGGGGCACGUUGGCGACUAGGGUUUGGGAAUGCUCUUGUUCGGGCUUUUUCUUUUCCUUUCUGCUUUUGUUGCUUGUACACUUCCUUUGUGAGCUCGGCCCAGUCGUUUAUCCUAAUGAACUCAUCUUUAAAAAAAAAAAAAAAAAAAAAGAACACUGGUAUCUAGCUACAGAAAACUACUCACCGGUCGCCACCUACCAAUCAUAUCUCAGAGCUGUGUGUGUUUUUCCCCCUUCUAUCUUGAAUCAUCCACCUACCACGAUCUCAUUCUCAUCUUCUAACAUGUGCUAUUACUGGUCCUCAGUCCUCACCUACCUACUAUUAUGAAUUUACAUUCCCACGUACAAAAAGACAACACAGAAAAGGAUAAAUAAAAGCAGCAACCCAGAACUUUUUCUGAUACUGAUAGCAGGAACCCAAAACUUAUCUUCAGUUCAUCCAAUCUGGCUAUAGUACUAACAGGGUUUUGUUAGCACUGAUAGCACGUAUUAACAAGUUCCUAUUACUGAGAAAUUUUAUAAUACUAUAUAGUAUUUGUGUUAUAGGUUUUUACUUUUAUGGUACAACUUAAAAUUGUACAUUUAUGUUAUUGUACAACUUCAUAUUGAUCCUGUACUUUUUGUACAAAUUCUUUUAUGGUACAACUUGAACUUGUACCUUUAUGUGAUGGUACAACUUCAAAUUGUAAAGUUGUACCAUAACAUAAGGGUACAAAUUGCUUUAUGGUACAACCUAAACAUUAUACAUUUAAUGUUAUGAUACAACUUUAAGUUGUACAUUAAAAUACCAAUACUAUAUAGCAUAGUAGAAGUGCUCCCUAUUACUACCAUAUUGUAUGGUGAGUAACAUUUUGGAGCAAAUAAACGCGAGAGUGAUGAAUCGCAAUACGAUUAUUGUCUGAUUGCCAUUCAUGAUCGUAACGGUCGUUUAUAUUUUGUUUGAUUUUACUUAUCAUAAUUUUUUUUAAGUAAUAACGCAAAUGGUUUUGCAUUUUGUGAAAUAUUAUUUGAAUAAAUAUUGACGGUUUGC